UUUCCUUUUACUUAAAAUCAAACCCGAGAUAGAGUUUCAAGCUAGCCGAGGUAAACAAAGAGAGAGGUGUUAACAAGAGUUAGAACAAUUUUGAAGGUGGUUUAUUUUUAUUUGGGAAAGAGCGUCUGCAUUUUUGUUAAUGCAACCGGGUUUAUUUCGAUUUAUAAUUUCGUACUCGUAUUCUUCGAGUUUUAGGCGCCAGCGUGCUAGACGGCUGCCAGGGUCUUUAAUUGAGAAAAGCCAAGUUAGAGGCCUGUGGUCGAUUAUCAGUUUAAAUUUUCUUCCAAAUAUGUAAGGACGGAAAUGUUUUACAACCCAUACGAUGGCUAAGAGUUCACGUUCUAUGGUGGAGUAUUUAGUUUCAGCUUUGCAGAGUGUUCUUGAGGCAAAGGCUAUUGGAAGGUCUUUUCCUACGGGACCUUGGGAGAGGACAGCACCAAUAGCAAAGGCACUUGCAUCAGUGGUACCAAAAAUUGUUGAAGAUUGGAAAGAAAUUGAAAAGCUAUUCCUCCAGCGCUGGAAUUUCCCUAGAUGCUGUGGGACGAUUGAUGGUAAACACGUUGUCAUCAAGAGACCUCCCUGUUCAGGUUCAUUAUACUACAAUUACAAGAAAAUUAUCAUACUAUUUGCUAUGGUUGAUGCAGAUUAUUGCUUCACUUGUAGGAGGAAAUGGCCGAGCAAGUGACAGUGCAGUAUUUAGAGAUAGUAAUCUGAACAUUGCAAUGGAAAAUAGAACCAUUGUGUUUCCUGAGACCCGAUCUUAUGAAGCCUUUCAGUAAGCAUGGACUAAGUGAUGAAGAAACAAUAUUCAAUUAUCGUCUUUCCCAUGCCAGACGAGUGUCAGAGAAUGCUUUUGGCUACUUGCCUUGCGAUUUAGAGUGUUUACAAGACCAAUUGAAUUGAAACCCGAUACUAUCGAUAGAAUUGUUUGGGCUACUUGCAGUUUGCAUUAACUGGCUGCGAAAGACUGCCCCAAGCCACUAUAUGUCACAACAAGCAGUGGACAGAGAAGAUUUUAACACAGGAGAACACCUGGUGAAUGGAGACAAAAUUCCAACAUCCAUUGACCAGACUAGGCAGCAACAAUGUAAGCCAAAUCGCUAAAGGGAUCACACAAGCGUACAUGACGUACUUCACAGAAGAAAAUACUCUGCCGUGGCAAUGGGAAAACUUGGACUUAGAAAGGCAUAGACAAUGUUUUAAAAACAUAAUAUGCAUCUGUGAUGUAUUAUAUUAACAAUUCAUUAAAUUUACUUACCAAAUUUGACGUACUGCUUCUUGUUGUCACAACCUCACUCAAAUAAGUAGCAUCCUUAAACCAGGAUAAGUUUGGUACAUAAACUUCAUCAAUUCCACAGCCACUCUUUGCUUUUUAAAUUUUUUG